AUGAAUUACACUUUCAAACUCCUUACGUGGCAGUCCCGCCCACAGCGAAAUCUGAUUGGUCCAGAAUCCCGCCAUGACGUGUCGCGUACUUUUGACGCGAGCGUGUGUGAUUCCGGGAGCGCGUUCCGUUCGACGCGUCUCAGCAGCAAGUCAAUAAACUCAAUGGCGGUGACGGAGAAACUCAUCCAGGCGGUGCACGCGUACCCGGUGCUUUAUGACGCUUCGCUGCACGAUUAUCGCAGCGCGGAGCGGAGGGUGAAGGCGUGGAGGGAGGUCGCCGCGUGCGUCGGGUUCUCCGUGCUGGAGUGCAAGCGCAGAUGGAAGACCAUCAGGGACAGAUACAUCCGAGAGCGCAGGCUGUGCCAGCUGAGGACGGAGGAGGGCGGCCGGCGCCUGCAUUACUGGUCACACAGAGAAACCCUGGCCUUUCUGGACGCUCACAUCAGGAAGAAGAAGCGUCACGGUGAAGCCGAGGCUCCGGAGGAGCUGGACGACUCUCCCGAUGACUCCAGCGGCGCCGAGUCGAAGCCCGGCCCGGAGAAAGAGAAGGAGCUGGUGCUCAAGCCCUUGUCUCCGCUGCCGCUGCCCAUCGUCCCUCAGCUGCCGGCGGUCAAACAGGUGCCGCCGAUGACCCAGCUGCUGCUCGCCGGUCUGCCUCCGGGACUGAAGGUGUCCAGUCCAGCGCCGCUGAGCCUCACCACAAACAACCUCAACGGGAAGCUGGAGGAGAACGAGGCGCUGAAGAGCGAGCGAGCCUUCGACGAGGACGAGCUGUUCCUCUUGAGUUACGUCCCUGCUCUCAAAAGACUGACGCCGCAGAAAAGAGCCGCAGUCAAGAUGCAGAUCCAGCAGAUCAUGUUUGACGCAGAGUUCAAAGAGCACUGAACGCUUCCUUCAACUCACUCCAGUCGCUUUUUACUUACUUUAUACCUUUUAGAAUAAGAGUCGCUUUCUUUCUGUUUGAAUGUUGGAACAAUUCGUUAUUCUUGGUGUAAAAGACCCAGAUAUCAGACUGGAAGAAGAAGUGUGUGGAGAGACAUUAAAAGGUUCUGCUCA